AUGGAUUCUAUAAUUCCUCCCACAAAUGAACAAUCUGAAGAAGGCCUUUCGACUCAGAAAAGAAAAAGUGGCAGAAUGGAAAUGCAUAGUGUGCAUAACCGACAUGAGCGUAAAUUGAUCCUACUGAAUAGGCUCAAUCAACCUAUUGGUCCUACUGAAGAUGUUGUAAUAGAGUUUGGUAGCUUCCUCGGUACAUUAGCGAGGACUGAGACCCUUUGCCCAUUUGAUAUACUUGAUUGGAGGAAAAUGGACACAAAAGAUGAUUUAUGGACAUAUACCGAGGAGAAAUAUGAUAUUCCUGAAGCUGGCAAAAAGUGGACUUUGAAAGCAAUUCAUGCUGCUUGGAGAAGGCAUAAAAGUGACUUGAAGAAACUUUGUUACAAACCAAAAGUCACUAAUGAAAUCAUAAUGGCAAAAAGGCCAGGUCAUAUUCUGGAAUGUCAAUUUAAAGAGCUCCUCGAAUAUUGGAAGUCUGAGAAAUUCCAGAAAAUGUCUAAAACAAAUACUGAGAAUCGGAAGAAUUUGUUGAAUUCGCACACAGUCGGCAAAAAAAGUUCCGCUUUAGUCCGCAAUAAAUUGGAAAAAACCAAGGGAAAUGUAUCACUUAAGGAGAUCUUUGUGGAAACAAGAGCAAGGAAACUCGGGCGCUUGUACAAGGAGUCAAAUGAAGACACAACUAGUAAAAUUGCUGAAAUGGAGGAAAUUAAAACACAACUAAGCGCAGAUGGUAGUCAGCCUGUUGAUGCAUACUCAGCCGUUAUGGGUCCAGAACAUCCGGGACAUCUAAGACUAUAUGGACGGGGGGUUACAAAGACUUCUUUGAAAGGAAAAGCUGGAACUUUUGAACCAACUUCAAAUGCCACAAAUGAUGUAGUGCAAGAAAUGUAA